AUGAACCACAACAGGUAAAUAUUUUUAAUGACAGCUAGAGAAAAAAUGAACCCCUCUUCAUUAAAUGCAGCUUCAAAAGUGGACAUCUCUAGCCAGUUUUUCUAAAUCUGCCCGUAAUGAGUGGUCAAAUCGGUCCCAGAGCCUUCUAUUUUACCAUAAGAUUAUUAUUAAGAUUAUUAUCAGAUUAUUAUUAAGAUUAUUAUUAAGAUUAUUAUCAGAUUAUUAAGAUUAUCAGAGUAUUAAAAUUAUCAGAUUAUUAUCAUCAUCAGAUUCUUAUCUGAAGGCAGCCUUGUUUAGGGAUGUUUUUAAUGUUUAAUGCUAUACUGUGUUUUUAAUGUUCAGUUGGGAGGCGCCCAGAGUGGCUGGGGAAACCCAGCCAGAUGGGUGGGGUUUAAAUAAUAAAUUAUUAUUAUUAUAUUAUCAUUUGCAUUAUUCGCUAUUGCUUCACAGCCUUAAAACACGGGAAGAGCAACAGUGGACCACAGUGCAGGGUUGUGGCAAGACACCAUUCUUGGUCAGCAACACAGCUCUCUUCCCCCACUCCCACCCCCAAAAUUUGCAAUUAUGAUUAUUCCCUAUUAAAUUUGUACACCGUCCUUCCUCCUAAAUUCACAACCUAGAUAUGCGUGGGGUGGAAGAAGCGGGUAAUAACUAGCGGGCCACGCUUGGCCUUUUGAACCAAACUUCAGGCGCAAUUCAAAUUGCGCGCGAGCGGCGCACGGCGCCCUGCAAAGCACCGCGGGCUGCAAGCGCUGCAAGCGCGCGCACGAGGCGCCCGGGCCCCGGGGUUGCCAUGGAGACGACGGAGGGGGCGGCGCUUGCGGUUUUUAAUUACUGGCUUAUAUAUAUAUAUAUAUAUUUAUUUUUGCCCUGCAAUCCUCCCCGUGACGUCGGUCCGGCGCCUCCGCCUUCCCCGGAAGAGAAAGCUUUUUGCAAAGACCUGAUCCGAAGGGAGUCGGGUGGGAAGACGAGCCGCGCCAGGAAAGAAGGAAGGAAAGAAAGAAGGAGGGAAGGAAAGAAAAGAAAGAAGGGACUCCAGGUCCAAGGAAAGCGGGGCUGGUCCAGCAAUUCUCGUUGCUCGAGGGAAGUGAGUAUCGCUCGCCAACCGGCUGCCCGGGGAAGGGAGCUCCUUUAAAAUUAAAUGCAAAAAAUAAGUAAAAAUGCCUUAAAAUGAAAUACAAUUAAAUGCGCCUUGGAAAUCCUAUGAAACACGCUUGAGGGGCACCUGAAAUUGGUCCCAUAGUUUCACAAGACAUAAUUCCUUUCGGCACAGUUGCUUUUUUAAUGGAUCUCAUUAUAUACCUGUGUAAAUAUAGGAGGCACAUUAUUAAUAUUAUUAUUAUUGUUGUUGUUGUUGUUAUUAUUAUUAUGUUGCUUUCCUCACGAAGACGACCCAAAGCAACCUAUGAAAACAGUAUAAAAGCACUGAAAUCAAUUAUAAGAAACACAACCAAUAGGAUUGCCAUACAUCCAGAAUUUCCAGGAUCUCAUUAGGUACCUGUGUAAAUAUAGAAGGUAUUAGUAUUGUUUUGUUGUUGUUGUUGUUGUUAUAUUUUGUCCCCAUUUGGCUCAGCGCCCCAUGCAGGUGAAUCGCCUGCAGUGCCCUAAUUCCAGCACAGGUACAGUAUUUAGGAACUGGCUGGGCAUUCAUUCCUGAUCCGCUCGUAGCAUUAUAAGGGCAGCACCGCUCCAUUGAAUUCAAGAGGGCUUAUCUCCCGAGUAACUGCACUGCAGGGGGUUGGGCUAGAUGACCCUCGGGGUCCCUUUCAGCUCUACAAUUCUACGAUUCUGUGAAUUGUGGCCACAGCCAAUCCACUCCACUAUAUUUCGCUCUUAAGCAACACCCUGGUCUGUGAGAGAAUAGUAAACACAACUUACUGCUGCUCUGUUCCUCUGCAUAUUUGUUCAGGGAGUAGAUUCCCCUGAAUUGAGUGGAACUUAUAAGUAGUAAAUAUGUUUAGGAUUGUGUAGUAAACCCGUCAUUUUUGGCUGUUAAUAGUGGAGCUUUACUGGUCUGGCUUAGUUUGUUUUUAACUGCUAAAACGGUGACAACUCCAGUUUCCUUAAGGUCAGUGCCGGAUUUAUGUAUAAGCUAAACAAGUUAUGGCUUAGGGCCCCGCUCUCUUGGAGGCCCCCCAAAAAUUUAAAGGGGAAAAAACUUGGAUACUUCUUCUUAAUUGUAUUUCAGUUCAACAAUUACUUUGAUAAAAUACAGAUUUUGUUAUGUGCAAAUGGCUUUAGAUACCUGUUAGGUCCAUAAAUUACCAUAUAGCUUAUAUUCAACACAAAAAUCAGUGACAGUUUGGUCAAACUCAUGCUGGUAGAGUUCGAGAACACUGUCCAACCAUCUUGUCCUCUGUUGUCCCCUUUUCCUUGUGCCCUCCACCUUUCCCAACAUCAGGGUCUUUUCCAGGGAGUCUUCUCUUCUCAUGAGGUGGCCAAAGUAUUGGAACCUCAGCUUCAGGAUCUGUCCUUCCAGUGAGCACUCAGGGCUGAUUUCCUCCAGAAUGGAUAGGUUUGAUCUUCUUGCAGUCCAUGGGAGCAGGAACUGGCAAGCUACUCCAGAAUCCCUGCCAAGAAAACUCCAUGGACAAAAACAACAAUCUGGACAUAUAAAGGGCCCCAUUACCUUCAGUAGACAGGUGGUGCUGUGGUCUAAACCACUGAGCCUAGGACUUGCCGAUCAGAAGGUCGGCGGUUCAAAUCCCUGCGACGGGGUGAGCUCCCAUUGUUCGGUCCCAGCUCCUGCCAACCUGGCAGUUUGAAAGCACGUUGACGUGCAAAUAGAUGAAUAAUUACCACUCUGGCGGGAAGGUAAAUGGCGUUUCCGUGCGCUGCUCUGGUUCGCCAGAAGCGGCUUAGUCAUGCUGGCCACAUGGCCCGGAAGCUGUACGCCGGCUCCCUCGGCCAGUAAAGCGAGAUGAGCGCCCCAACCCCAGAGUCGCCCGUGACUGGACUUAACAGUCAGGGGUCCCUUUACCUUUACCUUCAGUAGCUUAGGGCCUCAUCAAACCUAAAUCCAGCCCUGCUUAAAGUGAUUAAUAUUGAGGCAUCUACCUUAUUCAGAGUCCUGAAUUGUGCCUCAGCUGGUUACACCUGAAAUGUCUCACCUGAACUAUAAGGUAUUUGUUUAUAAAUGUGUGCCCACCUAGGCAGUGCUGGAAGCACAAUCUGAGAUCAUUGUUCUCCUCGCAGGAAUGGAUGGGUCAAAGUCACCUGCCUGUACCACACAGGUCAGCUUUGUUUGCCAGCGCUGCAGCCAGCCCCUUAAACUGGACACGUCUUUCAAGGUCCUUGAUAAAGUCACCAUCCAAGAACUGACAGGUAAGGAAAGGAACCGUGAAGAAAGACAGCGGGGAGUACAGGCCACAGAUGCCAACCAAGCUGAGCUUUAUUUUAAGGCAAGCGUUGCCAAACUAAGGCCCGGGGGCCGGAUCUGGCCCAAUCACCUUCUCAAUCCGGCCCGCGGAUGAUCCAGGAAUCAGCGUGUUUUUUCAUGAGUAGAAUGUGUGCUUUUAUUUAAAAUGCAUCUCUGGGUUGUGUGGGGGCUUAGGAAUUCGUUCAUUUCCCCCCCCCUCCAAAAUAUAGUCUGGCCCCCCACAAGGUCUGAGGGACAGUGGACCGGCCCCCUGCUGAAAAAAUUUGCUGACCCCCGGCUCUAGUUCAUGGGUGGGCAAACUAAGGCCCGGGGGCCGGAUCUGGCCCAAUCGUCUUCUAAAUCCGGCCCUGGACGGUCCAGGAAUCAGCGUGUUUUAACAUGGGUAGAAUGUGUGCUUUUAUUUAAAAUGUAUCUCUGGGUUAUUUGUGGGGCAUAGGAAUUUGUUCAUUUUUUUUCUUUUCAAAAUAUAGUCUGGCCCCCCCACAAGGUCUGAGGGACAGUGGACCAACCCCCCUGCUGAAAAAGUUUGCUGACCCCUGUUUUAAGGCAUGCUUUCUGUGCCUGAGCUGCAGGCACUGAUGUGGAACGCAACAUUUCCCAGUGCUUUAUUUCUCUGCAUAAAUUUUUCUGUUUCGGACACCACAGUAUAAGGCGAGCUUAGUGCAGGCUUACUAAACGCAAGUAAAAUAAACCUGCUGAACUGAAUCACUCUGUAGGGCAUCAAAAAUUUUUUUUAAUGCAAACUGAUUUUUCAAAUACUAUUUUGCAUAAGAUUUCCCCCUGGAAAAUCCCCAUCACUGACUGCAGAACCUGUUGUCAUUAGUUCGGUCUUGGGAGAUUUGGCAGGUGAAUGCAGGACUCGGGGCUUGCAACUACUGGAUCACCCUUCCAGUUGGCCUCCAUCAGGCUUUCUCUUUGUGAAUCUUUUGCCAGAAAUGGAAGAAGCUUUGGUUUCAUUAGGCUUCUACUACAUAGUAUCUAGGUUUAUUCCUCCUCAUUUUAAUUCAGAACAUUUUUUUACUCUUGCUGUUGCUAGCUUUGUGGUUUGUUUCUUCUAAAGGUUGUCUGCAUUUUUCUAUUGGGAGAUAUAUAAAAUACCUGCACUUUUAUUUAUUAUUCCACAUGUUAUGACUGUUUGUUUGCUGCUCUAGGUAUUUUUAGUAGAAGAGUGGAAUAUAAAUAUAUAUUACUGUUAUCAUUGUCAAGAAUUUGGAAGUAACUGCAUGUGUAGUGUAGAGAUGGGAAGGCCUGGAAAAAGCCCUGAAAAAUUGGGGGGGGGAACAGCCCCCCCCGUUUUCCCCCAAAGCUGUUUUCCCCGGAAAAAUUGGAAAAAAACAGUUUGAUAUAGUUUCAAUAUUCCACACACCUUUCUUUUUCUUCAAUUUUUCCAGAAAAAAACGGCUUUGGGGGAAAAUGGGAAAAAACUGUUUCCCCCCCAUUUCCCACCCCCCCAUCUCUAGUAUAGUGUACUCUUCUCUUGCUUCUAAACCCUUACAGCUUGUUCCCAUAUACCUGGUGUGGGGAACUUUUGUCCCUCUAGGUGUUACUGAACUACAUCUCCCAUCAGCCUAAGCAAGUUUGGUCAAUGGCCAGGAAUGAGGGGAGUUGUAGUUUAGCAACAUCUGGAGGGCCAGAGGUUCAUUACGCCUCACAUACACAGGAGCCCCACACAUUAGGAAAGGUUUACCCUUGGCAAUUAUUUCAUUUGUUUUCCGUCUAGCUCCUCUACUUACUACUGCGCCGGCAAAACUUGGAGACACCCAUGAGGAAGAGACUGGACUUACAGAGGUAAGGAAUUUGGGUCUGACUCCCUUAUAAAGAAGCUAUGCAGUUUGCCACCAGCUCCUAAUAAAUUAUCUGCCAAGAAGGAAACAUCCCUUAUCAGACCUGCUUCUUCUUUCUUUAAAAAAAUAAUUUUUAUUGAUUUUCUUUUCUCAUAACAAAUAUUCAGUAUUUAACAUCAUAUUCUAGUUUUCCCCUCCCUGUUGACUUCCCCCAACUUACAUUUCUGGUUUAUUACACCAAAUGUUACAUUCUGCUGUGAAUACAUAAUGUUCUGUUAUUACUAAUUAUAUUUCUUGUUCUCUGUAAAUAAAGUUUUUGUUUGUUUGUUUGUUUUUACCAGGCAUGGCAAACUUUAUUUGACAUAACCACAAAAGUCACAUUACAAUGAUUAGAGCACAAUUUUUAUUAAUUUAAAAAGACUACCAGCUUUUAGUACAGUUCCAUGCAGUAGCUUCAAUACACCCGUGCAGCAACAAUGUUAUAAAGAAUGAAGUUUAGUCAGUUAAAGGGAAAGAUUGCAGGGGGGGCGUUGUGGUUUUUUUUGCAAGAUUAAGAAAACAAGAUGAACUAGGGAAUGUAUCAAGUCAUCUAAAUCAGUUCUCCAGAGCUUUUGCUUUAGUUUAAACAAAACAUAUGCAACCCUACAUUGUGGCAUUAUGUUAGGGGAAAUAGGGGAAAACACUAUGGAAAACACUUGUUGCAAAUUCUGACUGGAACUCUGUAAAUAAAGUUGCAAAUGUUUAUUCAUCACACCUGCUUCUUAGCUUGCCUUGUGAUGCAGCCACAUCAUGUAAGUGGGUAGGCCAGUAAAACGGUUGAUGGGCUGGUGCGAUUCAUGCAGGCAUCUUGCAGCGCUUCUGGCCGUGGCUGGAAGAAUGUGCCACGGGCAUUUUGACUAGCUUUCUAGUGGGCACUAGAUGUGGAUGAUGCUCUCUGUUGGGUGUGGACUGACGCUGACUUUCUUUCUCAGGAAUUUGUUGAAAACCGCCAGGAUGGUGUGUCCCGAAGAUUCAUCCCCCCAGCCAGGUAUUGACUAGGAGUUCUGUUCGCGCCCUGAAAAUGCCCUCUUUCAGAGGUUGCAAGUGCCCCAACAGUGCAGCAGACUAGCCUUGUUGGGACUACUGCAUUUUCAGACCCUCUGGGGUCCUCAUGUGUAUAUGUAUACUGUAUUUUUUGCUCUAUAAGACUCACUUUUUCCCUCCUAAAAAGUAAGGGGAAAUGUGUGUGCGUCUUAUGGAGCGAGUGCAGGCUGCGCAGCUAUCCCAGAAGCCAGAACAGCAAGAGGGAUUGCUGCUUUCACUGUGCAGCGAUCCCUCUUGCUAUUCUGGCUUCUGAGAUUCAGAAUAUUUUUUUUCUUGUUUUCCUCCUCCAAAAACUAGGUGCGUCUUAUGGUCUGGUGUGUCUUAUAGAGCGAAAAAUACGGUAUGUACACAUACAGCUCUGAAGCAGGAUAAUAAAAAUAAAAAUAAAAAUAAAUUUUAUUUAUACCCCGCCCUUCCCAGCCAGAGCCGGGCUCAGGGCGGCUAACACCAGUAAAAUUACAAUAAAAACAUAAUGGGGCGGGGGGGAACCAAUUUAAAAUACAGGUUAAAAUGCAAUUUAAAAUGCAGCCUCAUUUUAAAAGUAGCCUAUAGAUCAAAACCAUAAGGGUAGGGAAACAUAAGGGUCAGACUGAGUCCAAACCAAAGGCCAGGCGGAACAUCUCUGUCUUGCAGGUCCUGUGGAAAGAUGUCAAGUCCCGCAGGGCCCUAGGUUCUGUGCCCUGCUUGUAGGCUUUAAAAGCAGGGUUAGAAGCUCAGAUAUAUAAGCUAGGCGCCAAAUGGCUCCUUCAACCAAGGUUGCAGUCGCCAAAACAGAAUGUCUAGUUGCCAUUUGGGGGUAAGAAGUCUUUAUUUUUAAAGUGAUGGACCGACUGUGAUUGAUCCUCAGUUAAACACCUAGCUAGUUCAGAUGACAACCAUGAGCUAGGUUAAGAGCUUUGAGAACUUAAAGAAGAAAAAUCACUUGAUCCAGGGACAGUGGAUCCUAUUCUGACCUCUUUUCCUUAAUGGUGACUGCUCCUGCUCAGGCUGCACAAAAAACGCAUUUUGGUUCCAGAAAUUCGUUCUGAUUGUGCAGAUAAAAUAUAACCGAUAGAAUUAUGCAGGGUGGGGUAUUAAUGAUCCCCAGAUGGUGGAGAUGUCAGGCACUAUCCUGGUGCUCACGCAUCUUCACUUGGUCAUGAGUGGCCGAUAGCCAGGUGCAAAAUGUGCCUGGUGAAUUUUGAACACUUUUUGAAAGGAAAGUGCUUUUCAGUCCCUGUUACCCUCCUGCACUUAAAUACAGUGGACCCUUGGGUUACGUUACCUUCGGAUAACGUAAUCCUUGGGUUGCAAAUGUGGCAAACACAGAAGUGAAUACUUCUGGGUUUCUCUGCAUGCGCAGAAGCGCUCAAUCGCACCGUGCACGUGCGCAGAAGGGCGCCUCUGGGUACAAAUUUUUCAGGGUGUGCACGGACCCCCGGAAUAAAUUAAAUUCAUUUCCAGAGGGCCCACCGUACUGGCCGUCAUUUUCAGUUGUAUCUCUCUGUAUGCUCCAAUACUUUUAUCAGCCUCAAAUUGCCCUGUUAUAAGCUGAGAUGGAACUCUGGAACUUGAGUUGAGCUUAUAAGGUUGGAAGGAUUCAAAGAGCAAGUUGACCUCUGGUUGCUUCCCCCUCUGCUCAUACUGUGAGCCAGUUCCAUCCUACUAUCAACUGCUUCCAAGGAAAGAAGUUCUGACCAUGAAUUUCCACAAGAUGAGAGCAAGUACACUGUCAAACUUGCUUACAAAGCAUUUACUCCAGGCUUGUGUAAAAUGGUCAAGCUGCAGAAGGAAAACAGUCUCCUUAUGAAAUAAAUAAAUUAAAAAAUUGUCCAGUAGCACCUUAGAGACCAACUAAGAUUGUUUUGGGUAUAAGCUUUCGCGUGCAUGCAAGAAGUAUGCAUCUGAAGACGUGUGCAUGCACACGAAAGCUUAUACUUAGAACAAUCUUGUUGUUUAGUCAUUUAGUCGUGUCCGACUCUUCGUGACCCCAUGGACCAGAGCAUGCCAGGCACUCCUGUCUUCCACUGCCUCCCGCAGUUUGGUCAAACUCAUGUUCGUAGCUUCGAAAACACUGUCCAACCAUCUCAUCCUCUGUCAUCCCCUUCUCCUUGUGCCCUCCAUCUUUCCCAGCAUCAGGGUCUUUUCCAGGGAGUCUUCUCUUCUCAUGAGGUGGCCAAAGUAUUGGAGCCUCAGCUCCAUGAUCUGUCCUUCCAGUGAGCACUCAGGGCUGAUUUCCUUCAGAAUGGAUAGGUUUGAUCUUCUUGCAGUCCAUGGGACUCUCAAGAGUCUCCUCCAGCACCAUAAUUCAAAAGCAUCAAUUCUUUGGCGAUCAGCCUUCUUUAUGGUCCAGCUCUCACUUCCAUACAUCACUACUGGGGAAACCAUGGCUUUAACUAUACAGACCUUUGUUGGCAAGGUGAUGUCUCUGCCUUUUAAGAACAAUCUUAGUUGGUCUCUAAGGUGCUACUGGGCCAUUUUUUAAUUUUUUAAUUUAUUUUGACUGUGUCAGACCAACACAGCUACCUACCUGAAUCUAGUCUCCUAAUGGACAGAUUUGGGGCAGAAAUCUGCAGUUCCCUCAAGAUGAUCCCAAGCAGUGUUAGAAACUGAGAUAUGAAAGCUAGGAGCAAAAUAGCAGCUUAAUCCUAGAUUAUGGGCGCAACAACAGAAUGUCUAGGCAUGCUUUUUUAAUAACAAGAAUACAAAGCUGAAAAUGAAUGAACUGCAGCUAAAAUAUUAUGUUCAUUUUCCACAUGGUCUAGUCCUUCCCCUGCCCACCCCCCUAAUAUUCUUAAGAGGGUCCCUUCUCCAGGCUUCAGAGAGUAGCUGGAAGUGGGGAGGCAGAAAAAGGUCCUCCUUUCCUUCCACUCUGCAGUUUUAAUCUGAAAUCUUAAGCACGGUACUUCGCCCAGAGCUGAGAAACUGCUCGCACUAAUGAAAUUUGCUGUCGCAAAAUGCGUCCAGAACAAUGGGAGUUUCAAACACUGAUCCCAAGGGAUUCCUGGGGGUUGGGCAGACCCAAAGACUUGCAGGGUUGAGAGGUGGGGGAUAAAAUAUAUAUUGGACAGUCUUCUCUCUAAUAGCUUGAGGCCGCAAACUAAAGAUUGUUAUGUGCUUAAACGUUGAGCAAAGAGUUCCUCUGCAUUCACUCACUCAUUGAACACAGAAGCAAGACCUGUUUGUUUAAAAAUUACAGAGGAACAUGGGCUCAAGGGUGAAUUACAGUAACUUAGCACCUCUUGAGUUUUGGGUAAACAUCUGUGGGAAUGCACGUCGUAGCGAAACCACCCUGUUUCUUCCAGGAUGAUGUCAACAGAAAGUGCCAACAGCUUCACACUCAUUGGGGAGGCCUCUGAUGGAGGCACGAUGGAAAACCUCAGCAGAAGGCUCAAGGCAAGUUGUCCCUUACCCUUGUGUGUGCUAUACAUCUUUAGGGAAACCCUGGAGAUAUUUGGGCAUAUUGAAGUACAUAAUUCAGCUACCGCUAAUUCAGUUCUCUUCACCAAGCCCACGCUGCGGUGGAUCCUCAUUUGCGAAUCUUCCUCCCAAGAGAUACUGUGGUACCUCGGUUUACGAACUUAAUCCAUUCCGGAAGUCCGUUCUUAAACCGAGGCGCGCUUUCCCUAAUGAGGCCUCCCGCCACCAGUGCCCUUCCACCGUUCGGAUUCCGUUCUUAAACCGAGGCAAAGUUCUCAAACCAAGACACUAUUUCCGGUUUUGCAGAGUUUGUAAACCAAAUCGUUCUUAAACCGGACUGUUCUUAAACUGAGGGACCACUGUAUAUGGCUUCUCUCCAUUGGUCCUGGCUUCCAGAUGGGCUUCGAAGACUCAUCUCUUUCAAAUCGCUUUCAACUGAGAUGCCAUUUUUUAGUACAUGACCCAACCGUCUUCUUUUGUCAAAAAGUAUAAAAUGGCUUUUCAUCAAUUUCUAGCUUUAGGUCUCUCCAGGUUAUAUUACUCCUAGUCUUGUGACCAGCUUCUCUCUCUCUCUCUCUCUGUCUGUCUCUGUCUCUGUCUUUGUCUCUCAAUAAUGCCAUAGUCUAAAUGUAAUCAAAUGUAGCCCAAAUACUUGUGUGUCUGACCCUCCUCCACAAAAACAGCUGCUUACUUGGCCGUUUUUGUAUGUUGUGAAGGCUGAAAUUCAAUUCAGUGGAGCGGGGUCAAGAUAUUAACUGAUAUGCAUGAAAUUUCAGAUAUAGCUAUAUAAUCCCUAGUGUAUUAAAAUAAGACCUUUGGAGCAGGCAUGUCUUUAAAAAAAUGUUUUUUUAUGAACCGCCCUCGUGUGUAUAUUAUAACACAACAUACUAGCUUUGCUCGAUGGGUUCCCCCUCCCCCAAAUUUUCUUGUUAAAAGUGAUCUCCUCUUUUCUAGGUUACAGGGGACCUGUUUGACAUCAUGUCUGGUCAGACAGAUGUGGAUCACCCUCUUUGUGAAGAAUGCACUGAUACCCUUCUGGACCAGUUGGACACGCAGCUCAACAUCACAGAGAAUGAAUGUCAGAACUACAAGUGAGUGAGAAUGAAAGUUCAGGGAUGCUGCAAGACAGCCACUCUAUACAAUGUUCCUUGCAGCGGAGGAACUUUGCUUCUGUUCCCCCAAGUCAUUUCCACUGAAGGAGACAGUACAGUGGUACCUUGGUUCCCAAGUGACUUGGCUCCUGAAUGCCACAAACCUGGAAGUGACCGUUCUGAUUUGCAAACGUUUUUCAGAAGCCGAACGUCCAACGCGGCUUCCGAUUGAGUGCAGGAAGCUCCUGCAGCCAGUCAGAAGCCGCGCCUUGGUUUUGGAACCGUUUUGGGAGUCGAACGGACCUGAAGGAGCAUCUCCAUCCCCAUCGUUCAGCCCGGACACUGAGAUCCAGCGCCGAGGGCCUUCUGGUGGUUCCCUCAUUGCGAGAAGUGAGCUUACAGGGAACCAGGCAAAGGGCCUUCUCGGUAGUGGCGCCCGCCCUGUGGAACGCCCUCCCAUCAGAUGUCAGGGAAAUAAGCAGCUAUCCUAUUUUCAAAAGACAUCUGUUGUUGUUGUUUUUUAAAAUAAUAUUUAUUGAUUUUUCCAACCAUUUAAACACAAUAAAACAGAAAAACAAAAAAGGAAAAGAAAAAGAAAAAAGAAAAGAAAGAACAUAAGAUUAACAAUACAAGACGCAAACCAUUUAAAACACAAAACAAUUUCGAUAUCUUAACUUUCAUUCCCUUAUUUCCACGACCUCCUCACACCUCCCUUUUUGUAUUCCACUUCUAUUAAUUGUUUCAGCAAUUCCUUUCCAUCUUCCUCUGUUUUCUCUUCUAUAAUUAUCUUAACAUAUUCUAAUCUUAUAUUUCCCUUUAAUACUCUAUUAAUCUAUUUAUACCUAAUUCCUUAUAGCAUUUCUACUGAAGCCGUAUAACUUCAUUCCAACAUUUUUCUAACAUUCAUUAUUUUAACAAUAUUUCUAUAAAUAGUCUUAAACUUUUUCCAGUCUUCUUCCACCGACUCUUCUCCCUGUUCUCGGAUUUCUGCCAGUCGUUUCCGCCAAUUCCAUAUAGUCCAUCAACUUCAUCUAUUUUUAAAAGACAUCUGAAGGCAGCCCUGUUUAGGGAAGUUUUUAAUAUUUAAUGCUGUAUUGUUUUUAACACUCAAUUGGGAGCUGCCCAGAGUGGCUGGGGAAACUCAGCCAGAUGGGUUGAGUAUAAAUAAUAAAUUAUUAUUAUUAUUAUUAUUAUUAUUAAGUUUGAGAACCAAGGUACCACUGUAUGUGCAUUUCACAGCCCUGUCUUGCGAGUCUCGGCUUCCCUUUUAAAAGGAAUCAGAUAAACAUCCAUGAUGACCGUGGAGAUAACGACACGGAACUGGUUCUGCCUUGGUUUUGUGGGAGUUGGGAGUUGAAGAAGGAAGAGGGAGGAUAAGUCUGUGGGUUGGUCAAGUUGUGUUGUGAGGGAGUGAGAGGAAUUGUUAGGUGGAGUCAGAUAGUUGGAAUACAGUGGUGCCCCGCAAGACGAAUGCCUCGCAAGACGGAAAACCCGCUAGACGAAAGGGUUUUCCGUUUUGGAGGUGCUUCGCAAAACGAAUUUCCUAUGUGCUUGCUUCGCAAGACGAAAAUGUCUUGCGAGUUCCUGCGGGGUUUUUUCCCUCCCCCCCCUUUUCCCAAGCCGCUAAACCGCUUAUCAGCUGAUGGCUAAGCCGCUUAUCAGCUGAUCUUUAAGCCGCUUACAGCUGAUGCUAAGCCGCUUAACCACUGCACAUUAAGCCGCUUAACAGCUGAUGCUAAGCCGCUUAUCAGCUGAUCUUUAAGCCGCUUAACAGCUGAUGCUAAGCCGCUUAUCAGCUGAUCGUUAAGCCGCUUAUCAGCUGAUCUUUAAGCCGCUUAUCAGCUGAUCUUUAAGCCGGCUAAGCCGCUAAUACUGUAGCGCUAAGCCGCUAAACCUCUAAUGGGCUUGCUUCGCAAGACGAAAAAACCCGCAAGACGAAGAGACUCGCGGAACGGAUUCUUUUCGUCUUGCGAGGCACCACUGUAAACAGUUUGGAGUUGUUAGGAACGCACAGGACAGUUAAGGAACUAAGAUUAAGAAACUGCUAAGAAAAAUUAACUGACACCUUAAGCUUGUACAUGCCUAUAAAAUAAACUUGAUUAUUUGUUACUGUUAACAACUGUCUGGACUCCAUGUGGGCUCGUGAGAAACGGGUUGGUGGCAGCGAAGAAAGCAAUCACAGUGGUGGCACAGGGUCAAUAGACCAUCAAACGUCCACAAAAGUGUGGCGAUCACACAGGGUCCCCGGACGUUUGACGGUCUAUUGACCCUGUGCCACCACUGUGAUUACUUUCUUCGCUGCCACCAACCUGUUUCUCAUGGGUACACACGGAGUCCAGACAUUAACAAAUAAUCAAGUUUAUUUAUAGGCAUGAACAAGCUUAUGGUUUCAGUUAAUUUUUCUUGGCAGUUUCUUAAUCUUAGUUCCUUAACUGUCAUAUACGUUCCUAACAACUUUAAACUGAUUAUUCCAACUAUCUAUCUGACUCCACCUAACAAUUCCUCUCACUCUCUCACCACACAACUCGACCAACCCACAGACUUAUCCUCCCACUUCCUUCUUCAACUCCCCACUGCAGUUCUCUGCCUAGUUCCUUGUUGUUGUUGCUGUUUAGUCGUUUAGUCGUGUCUGACUCUUCGUGACCCCAUGGACCAGAGCACGCCAGGCACUUCUGUCUUCCACUGCCUCCCGCAGUCUGCUCAAACUCAUGCUGGUAGCUUCGAGAACACUAUCCAACCAUCUCGUCCUCUGUCGUCCCCUUCUCCUUGUGCCCUCCAUCUUUCCCAACAUCAGGGUCUUUUCCAGGGAGUCUUCUCUUCUCAUGAGGUGGCCAAAGUAUGGAGUCUCAGCUUCAGGAUCCGUCCUUCCAGUGAGCACUCAGGGCUGAUUUCCUUCAGAAUGGAUAGGUUUGAUCUUCUUGCAGUCCAUGGGACUCUCAAGAGUCUCCUCCAGCACCAUAAUUCAAAAGCAUCAAUUCUUUGGCGAUCAGCCUUCUUUAUGGUCCAGCUCUCACUUCCAUACAUCACUACUGGGAAAACCAUUGCUUUUACUAUACGGACCUUUGUUGGCAAGGUGAUGUCUCUACUUGCCUCCCCCUAAAUCGCUUCUGCCUUGGGGUUGUCUGCAGGAGAUGCCUGGAAAUCCUGGAGCAGAUGAACGAAGACGAUAAGGAGAAGUUGCAGCUGGAGCUGAAGGAGUUUGCUCUUGAGGAGGAGAGGCUGAUAGAGGAGCUGGAAGGGGUGGAGCAAAAGCGGAAAACAAUGGCUGAAGACUUUGAGAAGGUCAGGGCUGAGGCGGAGAGGCUGGAUCACGAGGAAGCUGAGUGAGUAUUCAGCUCUUGCAACCGUUAAGGCUUGCCUCUUCCUGGCUAAACCUGUUGUUGAGCCCCACAUCUAUGUCCACCUCUUUCCAUUGCUUCCCAUCCCCACUUCCGUCCAGACCACGUAUGCAAGAAGUAUCUCCCCUCUUCUUGAAUAUCUUUUGUGGGAGCCCUUUCUCUGCAUCUCUGCUAAACUCCCUCUUUCCCCCCUUCCUUAUCUCUUUACUUCAGGCCUUAUGCUGGCUCUAUUGCAUUCCAUAUGAGUUUUAGCCUCUUACCCAUCAGGCGACUCCAUUUUGAGGCUUUGCUAUAGUAAGGUUCGGGUCGCGGGUGGCGCUGUGGUCUAAACCGCUGAGCCUUUUGGGCUUGCCGAUCAGAAGGUCGGCGGUUCGAAUCCCCGCGACGGGGUGAGCUCCCGUUGCUCUGUCCCUGCUCCUGCCAACCUAGCAGUUCGAAAGCACGUCAAAGUGCAAGUAGAAUAAUAGGUACCUCUCCAGUGGGAAGGUAAACAGUGUUUCCGUGCGCUGCUCUGGUUUUGCCAGAAGCAGCUUACUUGCACUUUGAUGUGCUUUUGAACUGCUAGGUUGGCAGUAGCAGGGACCGAGCAACGGGAGCUCACCCUGCCAUCAAUACAUCAUUUUCACAUAAUUUUCUUUCAACGUGAAGCACAAUUCUGCACUACUUCACUUAUCCUUCUUUUCAUUCUGCUGCUCAUAAUUCGAACCCUGCCCACCUUUUCAUUUAACUGUAACAGCUUGUCAAAAAUCUUUGUUGUUUUUUUUGGGGGGGGGGCAGGAGUUUUGCAAUGCACUGGACCAGAAAUCCCCUCCCUCCAGCCACAUGCGAUCCCUGCCUUUUAACCUAUGGUUACCAGAUGUCCCUGCUUCCCGGGGACAGUCCCCGGUUUUACAACUCUGUCCCCGGACAAAAUCCGUCCCCAGAAUGUCCCCAGAUUUCAUUUAAUGUCCCCGGAUUUAUAUUUUAAGUGUUGUAGAUUUAUUAGUAGGGAAUGAAUGUUGUGUGAUUGGUUCAACAGCACAAGACGCAUCAUAUGGGGACUUCUGGCGAGGCAAAAUGGCGGGCACCACGGCAGUGAGCAGCUCCUGAAGCCAGCCAGAGCCAACUGCGCUACCAGGCUGGCUCCGGGCUGCUGAGGCUGCCACUGCCAAGGGGGAACCGGGGACACCUGGCACGUCAACUGGGGGAACCGCUGACCCCCCCCCCCGCGCGCAACCCAAAUCGAGCUGGGAAUAAGAGCGCCCAGCCACCCGGCCAACUGCCCACAGAAGAGAAGAUAUUACCGUAUUUUUCGCUCCAUAAGACACACUUUUUCCCUCCUAAAAAGUAAGGAGAAAUGUGUGUGUGUUUUAUGGAGCGGAUGCAGGCGGGAGGCUCUGCUUAGCGCUCCCUUUAAAGAUCCGUGUGGAGCCUCUUGGGGGCUUUUCCCCAAGGAGAGAGAAGGGCAGCCCACCAGUCCCUUCUCCCUCGGGGAAAAGCCCCCAAGAGGCUUUCCAUGCGGCUCUUUAAAGGGAGCGUGGCUCUUGCUGGCUUUUCCAGGAGGUGGGGGAAGGGACAGAGGGCAGCCCGUCAGUCCCCCCACCUCCCGGAAAAGCCCCGAAGAGCCGCGCUCCCUUUAAAGAGACGUGUGGAGCUCUUGGGGUAUUUUCCCCAGAAGGGAGAAGGGCACCUGGUCAGUGACGGGCUGCCCUUCUUGCUCCUCGGGGAAAAGCCUGCAAGCGCCACACACACGCUCCACGCGGCUCAUGAAAGGGAGCCCUGAGCAGAGCUUGGGGUGCAUCCCAGGCUCUGCUCAGCACUCCCUUUAAAGCAUAUUUUUUUCCUUGCAUCCCCCCUCUAAAAACUAGGUGUGUCUUAUGGGGCGAAAAAUAUGGCACUUCUUUUAAAAAAAAACAAAAUAAAAACUUUUUUAAAUAAUUUUUUUUUCUCAUUUCAAAAAAAAAAAAAAAGGGUCCCCGGAUUCUUUGGGAAAAAUCGGAUAACCUUAUUUUAACCUCAUCUCAUUCCGAUUAAACCUUAUUCUCCCCUCCCUCCUGAGAACAGAGAUCUUGUUUUCCUGCAUGCCGCUGGUCCAAUUUCAUUUCGCACCAUAUUUAGGGGAGGGGCGCUGUGUCCUGGUUCACAGGUGAGUGUAACCUUGUCUCCCUAAUGCCCCCCCCCACCCCCCGCAGGUACCAGAAAGAGUACAGCGAAUUCAAGCGGCAACAGCUGGAGCUGGAUGACGAACUGAAAAGUGUGGAUAAUCAAAUGCGCUAUGCCCAGAUGCAGUUGGACAAACUGAAGAAAACCAACGUCUUUAAUGCCACCUUCCAUAUCUGGUAAGGCCAGGAGGCUGGUUAGACUGGGGGAAUGCGAUGGAGCAGCCGUAGCAGAAUUGGGGUGGGGAGAGAAGGCCUUAUUUGGCCAUGCAGGAUCCAGAAGGUUUUCUGGUUAGCGUUAGAGAGAGAGAGAGAGCGACAGGUCUUAAAACUCCUUGCAGAUGCCGGGCCAGAUGCUUCCAUCCAUGGUCGCAGUUAACCAGGCUGUCUGUUUUGGUGGGUUUUUUUGCUUUCCGAGUAGCUGCUGCUGGCAGAUAUCAAUAGCUAUAGUGAAUGAGAGAGGCUUGGCGGGGGACUCGUUGUUUCUGGAUAUAUUUAUUUACUUUUGGUAAAGUUUUCUUUUAUUUCAUUUUAUAAAACGGAGAGGACAGUGAUAGCAAAGUCUGUAGAAUUUGCAGUGUUAAAACGGAAAGGGCUCAAACCCAUCGCAAGAGGUGUUGAAAUUUUGGGAGGUUGGAUAGCUACAAUGGAACGGUCCCGUUGGCGGGGUGCGCGUUUUUAUUCUUAUUUGUUUGCGAUUGUUACUUUGUCAAAAUAAAAUAUAUAAAAAAUAAAAUCGAAACAAUAUAUUUUAAAAAUAUACAACAACUGACGGAAAUUAAGAUGUGAAAAACAAAGCUAGAAUAGGCACGUAGAAUGGGUACAGUUGCAUAUGGGUCAAAACAACAAGGCCCCAAUAAAGACUGUCAGCAUUAUCAAAAGUAGUAGUACCGUGGUACCUCGGGUUAAGUACUUAAUUCGUUCCGGAGGUCCGUUCUUAACUUGAAACUGUUCUUAACCUGAGGUACCACUUUAGCUAAUAGGGCCUCCCUCUGCCGCCGCGCCGCCGGAGCACGAUUUCUGUUCUCAUCCUGAAGCAAAGUUCUUAACCCCAGGUACUAUUUUUGGGUUAGCGGAGUCUGUAACCUGAAGCAUAUGUAACCUGAAGCGUAUGUAACCUGAGGUACCACUGUAGUUGUUAUUAUUAAUUAAACUUGUAUACGGCCCUAUAUCUGCAGUCUCAGGGCAGUUCACAACACAAAAUGACAAUAUAAAAACACAGAAUACAUAAUACAAAUAAAAACAAGAAAAACCCAAUAAUCGCCCCCUCCCCAACACAUUUUAAAAGGGCAUCGGAUGUCAAUCGGCCAAAGGCCUGGUUAAAGAAGAACAUUUUUGCGUGGCGUCUGAAGCUGUAUAAUAAAGUUGACAUCUGAAGGCAGCCCUGUUUAGGGAAGUUUUUUAUUGUUUAAUGCUGUAUUGUGUUUUUAAUAUUCGGUUGGGAGCUGCCCAGAUUGCCUGGGGAAACCCAGCCAGAUGGUCGGGUAUAAAUAAUGAAUUAUUAUUAUGUUAUUGUAAGUUGCCAGCUGAACCUCCCUGAGGAGAAUAUUCCACAACCUUAUUUAGUUCCAGAUUUGCCAGGCUUGUGAUGAAAUUCAUCUCGAAAAUGAUGGUUCUACUGUAUAUAUAAUCAGAGAAUUCCAAAUAAUGUAAAAAGUGUCUGGAGGUUGUGGUCCUUGUCAGAAUCUUAAAUUAUUCAUAUUUUUAUCAAUUAUAUCCAUAUUCCAGAGUGUGUGGUUCCAAGUGCCCAAUUCAGUACAGUGGUGCCUCGCAAGACGAAAAGAAUCCGUUCUGUGAGUCUCUUCGUCUAGCGGUUUUUUCGUCUUGCGAAGCAAGCCCAUUGACGGAUUAGCGGAUUAGCGCUAUUAGCGGCUUUUAGCGGCUUUUAGCGGCUUAUCAGCUUAUCGGAUAAGCAGAUAAGCGGCUUAACGGCUUAGAAAAGGGGGGGGGGAGGGGAAAAAAACCGCAGGAACUCGCAAGACAUUUUCGUCUUGCGAAGCAAGCCCAUAGGAGCUUCGUUUUGCGAAGCACCUCCAAAACGGAAAACUCUUCCGUCUAGCGAGUUUUCCGUCUUGCGAGGCAUUCGUCUUGCGGGGCACCACUGUAUUUGGAGCAGUUACUAUUUCUGCUGCCAAUAUCGUGUAUACAGUCCUUUGACGUUGGUGUCAUUAAAAAUAUUCAGUAACCUUAAUUUUGCCCAACCAAGAAGAGUUUCUCCAGUACAGUGGUACCUUGAAUUACAUACGCUUCAGGUUACAGACUCCGCUAACCCAGAAAUAGUACCUCGGGUUCAGAACUUUGCUUCACGAUGAAAACAGAAAUGGUGCGGCAGCAGCGGGAGGCCCCAUUAGCUAAAGUGGUGCUUCAGGUUAAGAACAGUUUCAGGUUUUAAAGACAAUUAUGAAAAAUGCUGGACUGAAGUGAAAAAAGAUUUAGAAAUCUGGUCAAAUUUGAAGCUUUCACUGCUAGGCCGUAUUGCUGCGAUAAAAAUGAAUGUAUUGCCUAGAAUGCUGUUUCUGUUUCAAACAUUGCAAAUUUUGGAUAAAAUGGAUUGCUUCAAGAAGUGGCAGAGAGAUAUUUCUAGAUUUGUCUGGCAGGGCAAGAAGCCCAGAAUAAAAUUUAAAAUACUAACGGAUGCAAAGGAAAGAGGUGGAUUUGCCCUGCCAUACUUUAAACUUUAUUAUGAAUCAGCAGCUUUUUGCUGGUUGAAAGAAUGGCUGCUUCUUGAAAACACAGACAUUUUGGAUUUAGAAGGCUUUAAUAAUGUAUUUGGAUGGCAUGCAUAUUUGUGGUACGAUAAGGUCAAAGCACACAAAGCAUUUAAGAAUCAUAUUGUCAGGAAAGCACUGUUUAAUGUCUGGAUAAGAUAUAAGGACCUACUUGAAAAUAAAACUCCAAGGUGGUUGUCACCGAUGGAAGCGAAGGCUCAGAAGAAGCUCAAUAUGGAGGCCAAAUGGCCGAAAUAUUGGGAAAUUUUGGAACAAGAGGGAGACAAAUUGAAAUUGCAGAGUUUUGAAAAACUAAAAAAUAAAGUGUGAGAUUGGCUUCAUUAUUAUCAGAUAAUGGAGGCAUAUAAUUUGGACAAGAAAAUUGGCUUCCAGGUGGAAAAAUCAAAAUUAGAAACAGAACUGUUAGAUCCCAAAACCAAGAUUUUGUCAAAGAUGUAUAACUUGCUGUUGAAAUGGAAUACUCAGGAUGAAACAGUGAAAUCUGCUAUGAUUAAAUGGGCACAAGAUGUUGGACAUAACAUUAUGUUUGCUGACUAGGAACAGUUAUGGACCACAGGUAUGAAGUUUACGGCAUGUAAUGCCUUAAGAGAGAAUAUUAUGAAAAUGAUAUACAGGUGGUACAUGACACCAGUCAAGCUUGCAAAAUUUUAUCAUUUGCCCGAUAAUAAAUGUUGGAAAUGUAAAGAAACUGAAGGUACAUUCUUUCACCUUUGGUGGACGUGCCCAAGGAUUAAGGCUUUCUGGGAGAUGAUCUAUAAUGAAAUGAAAAAGGUAUUUAAAUAUACCUUUCUGAAGAAACCAGAGGCCUUUCUCCUGGGCAUGGUUGGCCAAUUGGUGUUAAAGAAGGAUAGAACUUUCUUUAUGUAUGCUACAACAGCAGCAAGAAUACUUAUUGCAAAGUAUUGGAAGACACAAGAUCUACCCACCCUGGAAGAAUGGCAGAUGAAGGUGAUGGACUAUAUGGAAUUGGCGGAAAUGACUGGCAGAAUCCGAGACCAGGGAGAAGAGUUGGUGGAAGAAGACUGGAAGAAAUUGAAAGACUAUUUACAGAAAUACUGCAAAAUUAAUGAAUGUUAGAAUGAUGUCGGAAUGAAGUUAAGUGGUUUUAGCAGCAAUGUUACAAAGGAGUAUGUAAAAAUGGAUUGUUAACAGGUGAGAAUCUAAAGUUAUAAUAUAUUAAGAUAAAGGAUUAAGAUAAAAACAAAGAGGGAAAGGAUUUGCUGAAUUAACUAACUGAACUGGAAUACAAAAAAGGGAGGUGUGAGGAGGUCAGGGAAACAAGUAAAUGAAAGACAAGACAUGGAAAGAUUGAUUUGUUUUUAAUUGUUCUUAUUUUUCUGUAUUUUGUAUUUUCUUUUUUCCUUUUUUUUCUUUUUUUUCUUUUUGUAAUCUUUUCUGAAACUUUAAUAAAUAUCAUUAAAAAAAAAAAAAAAGAACAGUUUCAGGUUAAGAACGGACCUCCGGAACGAAUUAAGUACAGUGGUACCUCAGGUUAAGAAUCUGUAACCCGAGGUACCACUGCACCGUAUUUUUCGCUCUAUAAGACGCACCAGACCAUAAGACGCACCUAGUUUUUGGAGGAGGAAAACAAGAAAAAAAAUAUUCUGAAUCCGAGAAGCCAGAACAGCAAGAGGGAUCGCUGUUUUCACUGUGCAAAGCCUCUUCAGGGCAGGGGGAACGUUCCUCCAGCUGCCCUGAGGAGGCUUCACGCGGCUAUCCCAGAAGCCAGAACAGCAAGGGGGAUCGCUGCGCAGCGAAAGCAACGAUCCCUCUUGCUUUUCUGGCUUCUGGGAUAGCUGCGCAGCCUGCAUUCGCUCCAUAAGACGCACACAAAUUUCCCCGUACAUUUUAGGAGGGAAAAAGUGUGUCUUAUAGAGCGAAAAAUACAGUAUUCUGCAGGUGGAAUAGACUGUUCCACCAAUGUUAAGGGUCCUGGUUAUGGGGGGUGGGGUUAGGUUCUACUGGGUUCCUAGAUAACUGGGUGCGCCUGAAAAGCUGCCUGGGAAAUAACUGCACUCACACUAAGCCAGCGAUGGCCAAACUUGGCCCUCCAGCUGUUUUGGGACUACAACUCCCAUCAUCCCUUGCUAACAGGACCAGUGGUCAGGAUUGAUGGGAACUGUAGUCCCCAAACAGCUGGAGGGCCAAGUUUGGCCAUCACUGCACUAAGCCUUUUCUUGGCCCUCCGAGGGCUUGACUGAUGAACUCUCCCUCUUGCUUGUAGGCACAGUGGACAGUUUGGCACCAUAAACAACUUCCGCCUCGGCCGGCUUCCAAGUGUCCCCGUGGAGUGGAAUGAGAUCAACGCAGCCUGGGGGCAGACUGUGCUGCUUCUCCAUGCCCUUGCCAACAAGAUGGGCCUGACCUUUCAAAGGUGGGAGCAGAAAUACUGGCAUCCUCCCCGUCCCCCACACUCUUCUUGGCCAUUAAGCCUAUAGGAGCAAUCAGUCUAAUAAACCUAUUAAAGGUAAAGGGACCCCUGAACAUUAGGUCCAGUCGUGACUGACUCUGGGGUUGCGGCGCUCAUCUCACUUUAUUGGCCGAGGGAGCCGGCAUACAGCUUCCAGGUCAUGUGGCCAGCAUGACUAAGCCGCUUCUGGCGAACCAGAGCAGCGCACGGAAACGCCGUUUACCUUCCCGCUGGAGCGGUACCUAUUUAUCUACUUGCACUUUGACGUUCUUUCGAACUGUUAGGUUGGCAGGAGCAGGGACCCAGCAAUGGGAGCUCACCCCGUCGCGGGGAUUUGAAACGCCGACCUUCUGAUUGGCAAGUCCUAGGCUCUGUGGUUUAACCCACAGCGCCACCCACAUCCCGUCCAAUAUACCUAUUACUUAGAUGAGUAAUACCACACCUUGGAAUCAAAAGGAUUCUCAAUGCAACUUUCCUUUUUUCCUUGCAGGUACCGCCUUAUCCCAUACGGGAACCACUCUUAUUUAGAGUCUCUCACAGACAAAUCCAAGGUAAGAGGUUGGGCUCCAUACAGUCUUAAAGCACAUCAGUGUUUUGGUCUUCUAGAGUGUCCUGUCAGUUAAGGCUCAGGAUACACCGGUCAGAAACCCAGAGGCCUCUAGAAAUCCAGCGAAAGCAUUUCAGGGAGCAUUGGUGGAAACAAGGCGUUAACAGGGGGAAAUGGUGCUGAAUUUGAAAAUCAAGGUUUCCGAAUUUUAUAUCCCGUGGUUUAGCCGUCAAUAAGGUGGAUGUUGAAAAUUGGGCCAAAAUUCUAUUUUCACACAAAAUUACUUGGUUGAUAGGUUUUCCGAGUGCAGUUUGUUUUCGUUAAAAAUAAAUCACAUGGAGAAUAUUCAAAGGGCUUGAGGAAAGGUAACUAGUUUGGUUUAUUGUGUUGGUAAAGGUAAAGGGACCCCUGACCAUUAGGUCCAGUCGUGGACGACUCUGGGGUUGCGACGCUCAUCUCGCUUUAUUGGCCGAGGGAGCCGGCGUACAGCUUCUGGGUCAUGUGGCCACCAGGACUAAGCCGCUUCUGGCGAACCAGAGCAGCGCACAGAAAAGGUGUUUACCUUCCCGCCGGGGUGGUACCUAUUUAUCUACUUGCACUCUGAUGUGCUUUUGAACUGUUAGGUGGGCAGGAGUUUGUAGUGAUCUCUAAAUCACAAGUUUGUAGACACACAGCUAUUUUCAUGGAUGACUCCUCUAUUUUCAGCUUGGGAGUACACCUGACUCUGUUUCUUUUACAUUUCUUUCUUCUCAUUGUUUCUGUGGAGGAUUUCUAUGCAAUUGCAUCAAACCUCAGAAGCACAGAUUUCAAUUUUCAAUUUAAUUCUUUAAUCUAUACAAUCAACUUAAUUCAACUCUAGUGAGCUUCCAGGAAAAGGGAGCUUUUUUUGAGGGGGUGCACCUCUAUGCACCAUAACACAUGGCUGAAAUAAUGAGCAAGGGUCCCCUAAGCAAAACUUAAUGCGACUUACUUUGAUAUAGGAUUGGGUUGAAAUAAUUGAAAAGAAACUCGUACAUUUUAUUUCCCCAAAUUCAGUAUGUGGCUCCCUUGAGGGAGCAGGCCCUGCUCUUUAUCUGCAUUUGAGAAUGUCAGAGAAGCUCUUUGCGAUUCUGGAAUAUUUUUCUCUAAAAUAAUAUUACUGAAUAUGAAACUCGUAAAAGGUAACAGCUGCUCCCCACUAGAGUAAAGCACUUCUCUCGCUUGUUGGUUCUUGUUGCCCUAAAACUUGGUUAAGGAAACAAUCGUGGCAGAAUGACACUGAGACUGGCUACCUUCCCGUCGGGUAAAAGUAAAGGGACCCCUGACCAUUAGGUCCAGUUGUGACUGACUCUGGGGUUGUGGCGCUCAUCUCGCUCUAUGGGCCGAGGGAGCCGGCGUACAGCUUCCGGGUCAUGUGGCCAGCAUGACUAAGCCGCUUCUGGCGAACCAGAGCAGCGCAUGGAAAGUCCGUUUACCUUCCUGCUGGAGCGGUACCUAUUUAUCUACUUGCACUUUGACGUGCUUUCGAACUGCUAGGUUGGCAGGAGCAGGGACCGAGCAACGGGAGCUCACCCCGUCGUGGGGAUUCGAAUCACUGGCCUUCUGAUCGGCAAGUCCAAGGCUCUGUGGUUUAGACCACAGCGCCACCUGCGUCCCCGUCCCGUGGGGUAUAUAGUGCAAUUGAACCAAGGAUGGUGUGCCCCCAAUUUCCUGGAAAAACAAAGCCACCCCCUAAAGGUCUUGGGGCAGCUGCAGAGUAAUUCCCUUUGUUUCUGGUGCAAGCAUUUGUGUCUUCAAGGAGCUGCCCCUUUACUGUUCAGGAGGAUUGCGGUUUUUCUGGGACAACAAGUUUGACCAUGCCAUGGUGGCAUUCCUGGAUUGUGUGCAACAGUUCAAAGAGGAAGUGGAAAAGGGCGAGACCCGCUUCUGUUUGCCUUACAGGUAAUAAAAAAAUCACUGCAUCAGAAAAAUGGAUAGAAAGACAUGGGUUUCUCUGACAAUAGUUAUCUACUGAAACUGACUAGUGAGAGAUCUGGGACAAAAUGAAUGUAUGUAUGCAUUCAUGCUAGCACAAUUAACUUAAGGAUUUCACUGACACAGGCUGUUUAGUGAUUAGCAUUUGGCAUAGGGCAUUAAAAAUGGAAUGUGGCAACAAUUGUCCAUGAAUGUGUUGGUGGACAACAGAGCCAUCACGUUUAGAGGCAUCAGAGCUGUGAGUUGCCCUAGCUUGGGGAUGGAGAACCUCCCAGUGUUGCUGGGCUCCCAACUCCCAUCAGCUCCACAGCCAGUAAUGGGCAAUGGUCAGGAAUUCUGGGAAAUGUAGUCCGACAAAUAUCUGGAGGGCCUUGAGUAUUCAAUGUAGCCGUUGCUAGAAACAGCGUUGGAGCAGAUGGUCCUUUAGUGUCCUCUAGUGUGAUAAUUUGUUUGGUCUUAAAAGGAUGCUGACCGUAUUUUUUGCAAGGCAAUUUGGGCAAAGUCUAGCAGCAGCCCACCUGGAUCAUUUUUUUGCUCUGUUAGGUUUGGCUUUUGCUUGUUUUGUUCACAACCUUUCUGGGACUUGCCAGGCCAGUAAUUUUGCACAGCCUCAAGUUAUGACUACACCAGCUUGCAAUAUAGAAGUAGUAAAACAUUUUUGUCUUGUCUCAUCAACUUGCAAUGGCUGUUCACUUAUGAAGGCCUGUGAAGCUGGGUUCCUGUGUUGUUAAAAAGAGGCGUUAUGGCAGGGGCAACGCCUUCUAACCACUGUUGUAUGCUGCAACCAUACUCCAUUCUGCCUACUUAACCCUGCUUUAGAGCUCCCCACUUUGUUCUCAUAGCCACUUUCACCACCUGCAACAUCCUUAGAGUAUUGUCUACCAGGCUGUGGGAAUCCUCUAAACCAAAUGCAUCUCUGUUUAGAUUGACAAGGGCAGGUGUCCUGCUGCGUUGCCCACUUUUGCAUUCUAGCCAAGCCUGCUUGGGUGACCUUUAUUUGAAAUAAAAAGGAAGGUUUUAAGUGCUGUGGUAAAAAAGGGGAGGGCAGGGCUGUUGUUUCAGCAGGAGCCUUGACAUCACCCGUGCAUUUUACAAUUAGUAAAUUAACAGUAUUGCAGAAAAGCAGGGGGCUUGCUCUGUUGACAAACUCGAGGUUUGCGAUGGUGCCAGCUGCCAGGAGUUACAGUUUUGGAGCCUGACAAGAAUCUGUUUCUCCACUGCAGAAUGGAUGUGGAGAAGGGCAAGAUUGAAGACACAGGUGGCAGCGGCGGGUCCUACUCCAUAAAGACUCAGUUUAACUCGGAGGAGCAGUGGACAAAAGCACUCAAGUUCAUGCUGACAAACCUGAAGUGGGGUCUAGCCUGGGUCUCUUCCCAGUUCUACAACAAAUGA